CUCAUCUUCCUGACCUGAGGCCCAGAACUCUAUCCCCUGCAACACCUAGCUGGCAAAUGCAAAUCUCUACAUACAUCACAGUCCCCCCAUCCCCUCUGAUCCAGACUCUGGUACAAGGGAAUAUUUUGGUGAGUGAUGAAGUGCUGAUGUCUGCCAUGUCAGCCUUUACAUCACUGGAUCAGCCAAUGCCCCCUGUGCAGUCUCCCGUUCAGCCACCUGUGCAGAGCAGCCUGAGUAUGCACUCAGGGCCUGGCUACCUCCCCCAGCCCCCACCACCUCCUCCACCACCUCCACCAUUGCCUCCUCCCCCUCCUCCACAGCCUCCUCCUCCUCCUUCCCAGAACCUGGGGGCUCCCGGACGUCCCAGUACGGGUGGAGUGAUAGAGGUUUACAAUGCCACGGCCCCCUUGGCAGGAAGCAGUGUGGUGGAGAUCCAGGCUCUGGGGAUGCAGCCCUACCCAUCUCUAGAGGUCCCAAACCAGUGUGUGGAGAAUCCCGUGUACCCAAGCCCUCCUGUGUAUAGCCCUGGGAAACAGAGCUUCAAACCCAAAGGACCAACCCCUCCAGCUCCCUUGACCAACACCACCAGUGGUAAUGUGGCUGUUUUCAACUCCCCCUCCACAUUGAAGAACCAGCGCCCCAAAAGUGAUGGUGGGCUCCAAGAAGGGAAACCCAAGUGCCAGAAACUCAAGUGUACCUACUGCGACAAGACAUUCACCAAGAACUUUGACCUGCAACAGCAUAUCCGAAGUCACACAGGGGAGAAACCCUUCCAAUGCAUUGUCUGUGGCCGAGCCUUUGCACAGAAAUCAAAUGUCAAGAAGCAUAUGCAGACUCACAAAGUGUGGCCACCAGGGCACGGGUGCACCAUCUCCCGGAACUCAGUGACUGUUCAGGUCAUGGCCUUGAACCCCACCCAGCAAGAGGACGAGGAAGACCCAGGGAUUAGCCAGCCCCCCAGGAGUGUUCCCCAGCCUCAGGCUUUGGCUUCAUCGGAGGAAAAUGAGGCUGGAAAACUGGAAGCCAAGCAGGUGGUCCUCAUUGACAGCUCUUACCAGUGCCAGUUCUGUCCGAACAAGUUCAGUACAUACUUCCAGCUCAGGUCACACAUGACCCAGCAUAAGAAUGAACAAGUGUACAAGUGUGUCGUGAAGAGCUGUGCCCAGAUGUUCCAGAAGCUAGACAUGUUCCUGGAGCAUAUCAAGAGCCACCAGGAGGAACUGAGUUACCGAUGUCAUCUGUGCAGCAAGGACUUCCCCUCUCUGUAUGAGCUGGGUGUGCACCAGUACUCCCACAGCCUCCUGCCUCAGCACAGCCCCAAGAAGGAUGUCGCUGUCUACAAGUGUGUCAAAUGUGUCAAUAAAUACUCUACCCCUGAAGCCCUGGAACACCACCUCCAGACAGCAACUCACAACUUCCCCUGUCCACACUGCCAGAAGGUGUUCCCCUGUGAGCGGUACCUUCGACGUCAUCUACCCACCCAUGGCAGUGGGGGCAAGUUUAAGUGCCAGAUAUGUAAGAAGUUCUUCCGAAGAGAGCACUACCUCAAGCUGCAUGCCCACAUCCAUUCUGGUGAAAAGCCCUUUAAAUGCUCUGUGUGUGACUCGGCCUUUAACCGGAAAGACAAGUUGAAGCGACACAUGUUGAUCCAUGAGCCAUCCAAGAAAUAUAAAUGCCCCUUCUCGAUGCAUGCUGGCUGCAAUAAGGAGUUCAAUCGGCCAGACAAACUGAAGGCUCACAUCCUUUCCCAUUCAGGGAUGAAGAUACACAACUGCCAGUUCUGUAGCAAAUCCUUUAGCCGCCGGGCCCACCUCGUGGAGCACCAGCGUUCCCACACUGACAACUACAAAUACCGCUGCUCUAGCUGUGCCAAGGGCUUCACUCGGCACAAAUACCUGAAGAAGCACCGCUGCCGGCUGGGCCCACUCAAGGACAAAGACCCCCAGGCUUGCCGCCCCCAGAAGCAGCGGGGGGCUCGGACUCGCAAGGCAGCCCUUCCUGACCCAUUGGACCUGGAGGAGCUCAAGUGCAAUGCUGAGGGGGCAGAGGCAGGAGGCUCUGGCAAAGACCCCUUCCCAGAGUCAGACGCAGUACUGUCUAUUGUGGUGGGAAGCUCAGUGGGUGGUGAGCCAGAGCUGGUGGUGCCUGGGCACUCAGACAAUAUGAGCCCCAACUUGACCCUGACAGGACUGCAAUCUGGAGCCGAGGGUCCCUGUGCCAUGUUGGCUGUCCCUGUGUAUAUUCAGACCACUGAGUGAUGAGUGGGGAGUGCAUGGCUGAACCUGGGCUUACUGGUGGGGCUAAGCUUCCCACCACUGCUGCUGCUGGGUGUCCUGGCACCCGUUCUAAGAUGCAAGAAGGAAUACUUCUCAGGCUUCUUCCCUGCUUUGAUGGGGGGUGGGGGAGGACAAUAGCUUACUGGGCCCUUUAGAGGCCAGGUAGCAUCCCCUUAUGCAAACCAGGUGAGUCCUAGGGACUGCCUGGGGCCAGCCCAUGGUGCUGCUGUCGGGCUUGGUCCUGCCCUGGGACACUCAGGAGAUGGGACCUGAUAUAUGUGGAUUUGGGUUUGUGAUCCAGUCAGUAUGCCUGGUUUUUGGGCAAAUGGCCUUUGUUGGGGCAGACCAUUGAUCCUUCCUACUGGAAGCAAGUCAUUUAUAAACACCUCACAUCCUU